AUGUCUGGACAAAGCACGCCGAGCUCGCCAUUUAUAGCGCAUCCGCACGAGGUACCGGGUGAUCGCGAUCUGCAGAAACGGCUGGCCACUCUGGAAUACCAGUACAGCCAGCUGAAGGACAGCUACGAGAUAGACAAGGUCAAGAGCCAGGCUAUAGUGAAGAGGCUGGAGAGGGAUCUGGAGCACAGAUCAAGGGAGUACGAGGCCGCCGUCAGCGAUUCGAAGCUGCUAUUUGAUGAGAACAACAAGCUGAAGCGUGAAUUGAGAGAACUGGCCGACAACUUCGAACAGACGACGGGCGAGAACAGAUCGCUCAGGACAGAGCUCGAUGCCAAGACGUGCAAGCUGAAUAGACAUCUGGGCGAGUUCCAGGAGAUAGAAAAGCGUCUGGAGGAUGUUAUUGCACUCAAGGACGCCGAAUUGCGGCACAAGGAUUCGGAAUUGCUCCGAUUAAGGGAUUCAAUGCGCGAGGAGCUGGCUCUUAAGAGUAGCCGGAUCGAUGAGCUCGCAGACCAACUGCGUAUCAAAGAUUCACAGAUUUUGGAAAUGCGUGAGCGCAACGUACAUAUUGACGAGACCAAAGCUCGCGAGUUGUACGAGAAAGAGUGCAGCAACCAGUUGGAAUACAUCCGCGAGCUGGAAAAGAAGAAUCUGGAGCUGAGCAACAAAUUGCGUACGUUGCAGUCGAAACAGGAUUAUGUUCAGGUGCUGAGGGAGGAGAAGGCGACGUUGUCCCAGAGAUUGGCUACGUAUGAGGCUCUUGAGACCGAGUAUGAGGACCUGAAACUCAGAUACGCAGCGAUGGAGCAGAAAUUGGGAGACUGGCCUCUUUCGGAUCCUCCUGCCAUCAUUCUCAAUAAAUGCUCCGUGCUGGAGUCCACAAACAGCCAGCUUUCGCAGAAGAACGAAUUUCUACGUAACGAGCUUGCGCGUACUCAGCAAGAGGUGGUCGAUCUGCAAUCAAAGCUGCUGGAGUCGAACGACCGGCAAACGGCGCUCAAGUCCAAGCUGUCUGAGAAAGACACCGAGAACACCAAGCUAAGUAACAACGUCAAGCUGUUAACGCAGGAAAUUCAGUUUUUGAAGGACAGAAUCGACAACGUGACAGAGGAGAACACGAUGUUGAUGAAAAAUAAAGGUGUGGAAGCAGAGAACGCGCAGAAGUUUGAAGGGCUUGUGGCGCUUCUUGAGUCGUACAAACAGCAGUUACAAAGUUUACAGAGCCAGGAUACAGGACAGAAAAGGCGCAGAAGCGAGCUAGAGCAGCCAAACGGAGCUGCACAGCUGGCCGAGGAGCUGAAGAGAAAGAUCGACGAGAAUAACGAAUUGGUGCGGACUAUUGAGGAAAAAAACAAGCGGUUGGUCCAGCUGGAAGUGGAAGUAAAGAAGCUGGGUAGCAGCGGCAAUGAAAGGGGCGUCCGGGUACUGGAAUUGCGCGAGAAUCCGGCCGCGAGACACGAACGCGUAACUAGGAAAAUGCUGGAGAAACUACGACAGGAGAACCAGCAGCUGGUCGACGCCAAGCUCGCAACCGACCAGCUGAUCCCCAAAACGGUGUACGAGCGUGUUUGUCUGGAGCAGGACCAGCUACAGGAGGAGAUAAAGUCAAUAAACAAGCGAAUGACCCGGCUACGCGAGAUGUUUAGCUCGAAAGUGGCGCGGUUCAACGAGAUUGUGUUUCUGCUGCUUGGAUACAAAAUCGAGCUUCUCAGUGAGACAAAGCUCAAAAUGUAUCCCAAGUUCAACAGAGACAGUUUCAUACAAGUCGAUCUGAGUCGGCACGGCAGCAAAAAGGGCCAUCUUCUGGAUGGAGACGGAAUCCGAGUGAAACUUCCGGCCGAAGCCGGAUUCCAAAAAGUCGACGUCAAUAACCUAAUUCGGUUCUGGGUCCAGGAGAAGCAGCAACCAUGCUGUUUCUUCAAUGCACUGAACCUGGAACUUUACGACAAGGGCCAGGAGUUGCUCCCGAGUUAG